GCACUCAGGUAGCUAGAGGAGCAUGAUGGAAUUCGUCAAAUAACAAAUGUGUGGACUUUUAACAGCUCUCAUCCUGUUCUGUUUUGGACCUUUCCAUGUUUACUCUUCAAGAUGUUCUGUCGGUCGAUUUGGAGACGAUUGCGGCUUCACCUGUCAUUGUGCGAACAGGGGUUGUGACCCCGACACGGGCCAGUGUGACGUGGCGGGGUGUCAGACUGGCUGGAAAGGACCAUGCUGUUAUGUAGCAUCAAGCGACUUGGCUUAUCAUCGAGCAGUCAACCAAAGUUCUGUAAACAGUAAUCAUCAGUGGGACGCUAACGAAGCGGUAAACGGUUAUCCUGGGCAGGACAGCUAUUCCCAUACAUAUCCCAACGCAUGGAGGGAAGCAUGGUGGAUGGUUGAUCUGGGACAGGCACACAGGAUUAACACCAUAAAUAUAGUCUUCAAGCAUCAACACAAGUUCAUAGUCAGUGGAUAUUAUCUGUACGUGUCUUUGAGUAGUCCAGUUCGUCAACCAUAUAAAGGGCCCCCUAAUGGUUCACAUCUAUGUUACCAUGACGACACGACGACACCUGAUGGUCUUCCAUCGUAUCGUCAGUCUCGUCAGUGUUCUGUAACUGGGCGGUACGUCAUUGUGUACAACAACCGCUCGUCGUCACUUGUUAAUUCCCCAUCACAUUACUCACCAGAAGACGCUGUGGUGGAGUUAUGUGACGUUCAAGUGUUUAAUUGUUCGAGUACGACGUUUGGACCAAACUGCAACAAAGCCUGUCAUUGCCUGAAAAAUGACUGUAACCCAGUCACGGGAACGUGUUACGUCCCCGAGUGUUUGCGUGGAUGGUCUGGUGACAGCUGUUCUACUCGGGAUUGCACAGCUGGGUUCUUCGGUCCAGACUGUACGACUGAGUGUCACUGUAAGACUGGGGGAUGUAACAUAGUAAACGGAUCUUGUUACACAAGAGGAUGUCAGGACGGCUGGAGGGGGGAUGUAACAUAGUAAACGGAUCUUGUAACACCAGAGGAUGUCAGGACGGCUGGAGAGGGGAUGCAUGCAACCAAGACAACCAAAGCCACGAGGAAGACUAUGAGAGUUUAGAUUCAUCAAAAAUCGACAAGACACGCAACAUUUACGAUGCAAUUGUGCAAUAGAAAGGUACAAUUUACAGAAAAUGUGAACUUAUUAUGUCUCCCCUUCGAAUGUUCAUGUUAUUUUACCUACGUUGACCAAACUUACCAUAUUUAUAUAUCUUGGGAAGGCAGAAUCCCUCACACUAAAAUCGGGUCUCGUGCCACACUAUAUACAGAGUUAUUGCCAUUUGUUUAUUUUUAAUACCGAAGUUUGUUCACGGCAUGUUAUUUCACCUACGUUGACCAAACUUGCUAUAGUUGUGUAUGUUAGGAGGUAGGAGUGUCACAUUCUAAAAUCGGGUCUUGUGUCCGUCUAUAUAAAGAGAUAUGGCCCUUAGUUCAUUUUUCCCGCUCAUAGAAAACACCCCCUACUUUUAACAAUUGUAACCAAUCAAAACCGCGCUAACAAAAGCGCACAGGUCAUCUAUCACGGCCUAGUGAAUUAUAUAUAUAGCGGUCACACAAUUCUGCUACAUGUAGGAUCGAAAUUCACUCGA